ACAUACAAAUCCCGGGGCCAGGAGGCACAUCCCUCAAUUCUCACCCAUCAAGCUCUGCCAAGCCAGCUAGCUAGAGAGGAUGGCGCUCGCUCCCAGGUCGUCCCUGCGCUCCCUGGUGCUGCUCAUGUCGCACGGGAGGCCACGGCUGAGUUCUUUCUUCUCCUCCUCUGCCGACGCAGGCGUUCCGCCGGCCGCCCCAGGAGCCGAUGCUCCUCCCCAGCUCCGCCAGGUCCUUCAUGCCCCAAGCUCCCUGUCGAGGAAGAGUUUGUUCUUAACCCAACCUCUGGUUAUGGUUCAUGUAGCACACCUGACAAGCCUCCCUGCGGCACCUCCGAGGAUGUGAAACAACGAGAUGUUGAUCCACCACCUCCCGCGCGUGAAGGUGUUGGACACCGAGUUGUCGACCCACCACGCGGGGGCAGGGGGCGUCGCGCGCCCGACGAGCCAGAGCAGUGCGCCCAGGAGCAUCCCAAGUACCCAGUUCCUGACAGUUCAAGUGACAAGGUCUGCUCCUCCGCUGUUCCGCCGCCGGCUCCAGGACCUUGCACCCGGGCUGCCCCCGACGUUCAGCCUCCAGUCACCCCAGCUCAGCCAGAUCGUUCAGGCCACAAGCUCCCUGAUCACGAAGAGUCUGUUGUCAACCCACUUCCUGAUCCACCAUCAGGUCACAGGCUUGGCCCUGUAAUCGAAGAGCCUGCCCAGUGCACCCUGGACAACGCCAAAUACCCAACUCCCGGCAGUUCAAGCCACAAGCUCCCUGCUCACGAAGAGCUCGUUAUUCACCCACUUCCUGAUCCAUCAGGUAACAGGCUUAGCCCUGUAAUCAAAGAGCCUGCCCAGUGCACCCUGGACAACCCCAAAUGCCCAACUCCUGAUAAUGGUUCAUCUAGCCCAUCUGAAGGUGCAUCUGGGGACUUGUUGGAAGAUCCUCUACAUCAGCUGCCUGAUCCACCACGUAGGCCGUAAUCGACGAGCCUGCACCCAGGAGCAUCGACCCUGAUAUUGUAUCGCGUAGGAGAAAAAACUGGGCAGCUUUCGCUGGCUUCUGCCUGUGCUGAGCUGUGUAUACUGCACACUCAUAAUUUUGUUGCGAUGAACCUUGUGUUGUGUGCUCAGAAAAACAUCCCGGUGGUUACUGCCUUGUUACUGC